UUCUGAUGUUAGUUUUGUUUGAUUGAAGUUAUUAAUGGUUAAAAAUCCCCCAGAAUUGGAAUUCUUGAAUUUCAUUUUAUGGAUUAGCUUUGUUAUUUUUAUAUGGGUUUUCUUGGAUUAAGGGUAUUAUUGGUUGAGAUCAAUCUAAAGGGUAAACCAUAGCUGGGAUUUGCUUGAAUUCUUGAUUUUAUUUGAUAUGUGUAUCUGCAGAGGCCGGAUCCAGGAUUUGAACUUUAUGGGUUGGGAAUGCCACUGAGCCCAUUGACUAUUUGAGUUAAUGUGUUCGAAAUUAAUAUUUUUACAUAUUUACUAAGGUAGAUUUUAUUAACACGUAUACGGGUAUUGAACCUAAGGUACUAGGUUCAGCUGAACCUAUAGCUUAUAUUGUACAUCCUCCCUUGGUUAUCUGCAUAGAUUGUUAGGUUCUUGCAUCUGUAUUGUUAGCACUACUACAAAAUAUUAGAAAUUAUGAAAUAAGUACCAGCUGCUCACCGCAGCAGAGUGCUUUGCCCAUGCUGCUAUCCGCUACUGAAGGGAUUCGUGCUUGAAUGUCGACUAUGCUUUUUCUUGCUAAUAAAGAAGUCAAUGGGUAAAUAAUGAAAAAAAGGUUUAAGAUUUAUUAUGAAACCUGAUAGGCUAAUUGCUUUAUGCUAGAAGUAUCAGCUAAUAGGUCUAUACAUUCUUCGGAGGCGAAUUCAGGAUUUGAACUUGAUGGAUGUUUGAGUCUGGGAUCAUACCACAACUCAUUUGAUUUACUGGGUUCGAGAUCAAUUAUUUGUACUUAUGUAGUGAAUCUUUUAACACAUAAACAUGGCCAGAGCCAGAGCUACUGGGUUCAAUUGAAGCCAUAAGUUGAACAGGCGGCAUCCUUAGGGCUAGUUAUAGUAAAGUGUGAUUAGUCCCAUACUCACAUAAGUGUCAUGUUAUAUAUUGUGCAACUAUUUUACUGCUCUUGAGAUAUUAGAGUUGUUUUAGUGGUGUCUGAUAAGAGAUUUAUAGAAGUGCUCUGUAGUGUGUAGUUUCGAGAUUACCAGAGUCACUUUUAGCUGAGGUAUGUGGGUUUGAUCUUCUUCAUAGCCAGCCUAGGUUAGUUUUCUAGGCUAUUAGUUACGGCUAGUGUAUUUUUCCUGGUUAGAGACAAUUUAUAUAGUACUGGAAGGAAAUGGACUUGAAUAGAGCAGAACUAGGAAGAUGAUUUAUAUAGUGGAACUUGACGAGUUUAGGAUUGAGGCAUGGUUGGUUUAGUUAGUUACAACUAGGAAACCCUCUUUACAAAAAGACGACUUGUAAUGUUCUCAAUCGUGCAAGUUUAAGAUUUCACGUGUCCAAUGAUCAUGGUCUGAACAAUGUAAGUAGCUUUUAAGUUUCUUAGUUUAUUAAAGAAAAGAGAGUUCAAUGUAUCGUGUUUCAUGGUGAAGCUAAACAUGUUAUUGAACUUUCUGCUGUUGAGGCUGAAGUUCUUUCUUGAUGAGGUUUGACACAGUUUUUCAUUGUGUCAGUAACAUUUAUUAGUGAUGGUGUUUGUUGUGUCAGAGAAUUUUUAUGGACUCGAGUAUGAUUAUCAAGAGCAGAUACUUGCUGGUUUUGUAAUGGAACUCUGUUUUUGCUAUGUACUUGUCCAGCACAUUCUUUGUUCUAAUUCAUGAAUAAAAUUAUCUUUAUUCAUAAAAAAAUAGAGCAGACGUUUGUAAUGGGAGUAUGUCCAACUUCUAGCAAGUCUUUUCUGAAAUUUUGAAGGGUACACAAAAAAAAUCCAUACCUAUGGGGUACCCUUUUGACAAGGGCGCAUCAAGGGAAGCGAAGAGGGGAGGCAACUUCAGAAGAUAUCGACUUGUUUGGAAAUUUAUCAUGAAGACAAUGAUAGAGGAUUGAUUUGUAGCUGAGGUAGGUGCUUGGUGUCAAUUGGCAAUGGCAGAUGGCCAAGAAAAUGAUAAGAAUAUUGAAAUAUGGAAAAUGAAAAAGUUAAUCAAAGCCCUACAAUCUGCGAGAGGAAAUGGCACGAGCAUGAUCUCUCUUAUCAUACCCCCUGGUGAUCAGAUAUCUCGUAUUACCAAGAUGCUUGCAGAAGAAUACGGUACUGCCUCAAAUAUUAAGAGCAGAGUAAACCGUCAGUCUGUGCUUGGUGCAAUAACAUCUGCUCAACAGAGGCUUAAACUGUAUAACAAAGUUCCUCCUAAUGGAUUGCUGCUUUAUACUGGAACUAUAGUGACAGAUGAUGGGAAGGAAAAGAAGGUCACCUUUGAUCUUACGCCUUUUAAACCCAUAAAUGCAUCUCUCUACUUAUGUGACAAUAAGUUUCAUACCGAACCUCUGGGUGAAUUGUUGGAAUCUGAUGAGAAGUUUGGUUUCAUUGUUAUGGAUGGUAAUGGCACCCUUUUUGGGACCUUAAGUGGUAACACACGAGAAGUUCUUCAUAAGUUCACUGUUGACCUUCCAAAGAAGCACGGAAGAGGAGGUCAAUCAGCUCUUCGAUUUGCUCGUCUUCGGAUGGAGAAACGUCAUAAUUAUGUGAGGAAGACAGCAGAGCUUGCUACUCAAUUCUUCAUUAAUCCAGCCACUAGCCAGCCAAAUGUAUCUGGACUAAUACUUGCUGGAUCGGCUGAUUUCAAGACCGAGCUAAGCCAGUCUGAUAUGUUUGAUCCGCGCCUACAAGCAAAGAUACUUAACGUGGUCGAUGUGUCCUAUGGUGGGGAAAAUGGCUUCAAUCAGGCCAUCGAGCUGUCUGCUGAGAUUCUAGCUAAUGUGAAGUUUAUACAAGAAAAGCGCUUGAUAGGGAAAUUCUUUGAGGAAAUCAGUCAAGAUACUGGAAAGUAUGUGUUCGGUGUGGAUGACACAAUAAAAGGUUUGGAGAUGGGAGCUGUUGAAACUCUUAUUGUGUGGGAAAAUCUUGAUAUAAACCGAUAUGUACUGAAAAAUAGUGUGACUAAUGAGAUUGUCAUUAAGCACCUAAACAAGGACGGAGAGGCCGAUCAAAGCAACUUCAAGGAUCCUGCCACAUCAGCUGAAUUGGAGGUUCAGGACAAAAUGCCGCUGCUCGAGUGGUUUGCAAAUGAAUACAAAACCUUUGGUUGUUCGCUUGAGUUUGUUACUAACAGAUCUCAAGAGGGGUCACAGUUUUGCAGAGGAUUUGGUGGCAUUGGGGGAAUACUUCGCUACCAGCUUGACAUGCGUUCCUUUGAUGAGCCAUCUGAUGAAGGAGAAUACCUUGAGGAUUCUGAUUAAGCCAAUUAUUUAUGUCUACUAAGUCCGGAUAAUGAAUGAAAGAUCUACAAUUGGUGGAAGUUUUUCGGCCAGCAUUGCAAUGAGGUUCCCGCUGUCAUUCUUAAUAUAAAUUAAUGAGUAUUUGCUGUUGUAAACUUUUGCUUUUUUCUCUUUAAAUGUGGAACAGAUUUCUUUCGAACAAAUGUGAAUUGAAGGGGAGGGGACUUCUUGAUUGUUUUAUCAGCCUGUUUGCCAUAUUAAUUGUUUUGAGUUUAUAGCUGGGAGAAUUUUGAUUUAUGCU